UUAAUCAAGGGGUCGACAUUCCGCACUCCACCAUGUCCAUGUACGACGACCACUAUGCAGCUUCACGCCGCCGCUCUCUCGCAACCCCUCCCCCAUCAUUGACACCGCAUCACAACCGAGCCCGCAGUGACAGCGUGCGAAUCAGUCACGGUACCGCCAGCACCAAUACCAGCGUUUCCAGUGGACGGAUGUCGGAAGCGACGAAUAUCACCCAGCCGCCCUCCUUUUCAAAAAAGUUUGUCGUGGUGGGCGAUGGCGGCUGUGGCAAGACCUGUCUGUUGAUCAGUUAUUCUCAGGGGUAUUUCCCAGAGAAAUAUGUCCCCACCGUGUUCGAGAACUACAUCACCCAGACCACACAUCGAGCCACCGGCAAGACAGUCGAAUUAGCUCUCUGGGAUACCGCCGGACAGGAAGAAUACGACCGUCUGCGCCCACUGUCGUAUCCCGAGACUGAUCUGCUCUUCGUUUGCUUCGCUAUCGACUGCCCCGCCUCAUUGGAGAAUGUGGUCGACAAAUGGUAUCCCGAAGUCCUCCACUUCUGCCCCACCACGCCCAUCGUUCUCGUGGGCCUCAAGUCCGACCUCCGCACCAAACGGACCUGCAUCGAACUCCUGAAGACCCAGGGCCUGACACCCAUCACUCCCGAGCAGGGCGAGAACGUGGCCCAGCGCAUGGGUGCUACCUACACCGAGUGCAGCAGCAAAGAGAUGCGCGGCGUGGACGAAGUCUUCUCAAAAGCCGUGGAUCAAGUCAUCUCCAUCGAGGAACAGGGCUACUCGGCUCCACCGACGACCGGCCGGGGCAAUCGCAACAGUCGCAAUAACAAGACCCCCGCUACGUCCGGUCCGCGUCCCGGCAAAAAGAUCAAGAAGCGCACUUGCAAGAUUUUGUAG